AUGAAUUAUAUCAUGACGGAACUGAGUAAGCUUGACAGUGAAAUUGGAGAACUAUUUCACUCAGAAGGCAUUGAUUACGUCGAUAUUUUUCUGGAGUUGAAUGACCAGGACUUUGUGCGCUUACGAUUGAGGACCAAAACGAUCAAGUAUAUUCAGCGAAUGCAGACAGAAAUUCGUAAUGCACCUGUAUUUGAAGAAAGCGUUGAUGAUACCAUGGAUGCAACUCAUGCAUCAGCUCAAUCCGAUGAUCAGACAGACAACAACCAGAUGGAAAUCGUGGAAGAUCUGCUGAGUAGCGAUGAGGACGACACCGUAGACGAGUCUGCACCUAACCCUUACAAAGGGAUUCGUCUCGAGAAGAAAAUUAAUAUCGAUAGGAUCCUUAAGAGGACUGCCACAGGGCUACAAAUAAUGGAGUCCUUGAAACAAGGCAACAAACCCACCGACAAACUACCCACACAGAUCAAACAAAUUUUGUGUGAUUAUCUGCGUUUGAAUUAUGGAAUUCGACCAUCAGCAUUUCACAAAAAUCUACUGGCAAUCUCCUUGGUGGAUUCUUACUCAAUCUUACGAUCGAGUACACCGGACAUUCCACAAGCACUGUGGUUUUAUCCGCAUGCAAGAGGCAAACAUCGCCAUACAGGACGUCUACAUUACCAUCUUGAGUACCUCGUUCGAAAGUCAACGGACAGGAAAAUAAUCCGCAGCAAGACAAUCCCUGUGCCAGAAGACCAAAAUGCUUCCAAUAAAGACAUUCAGGAUAACUUGACGGAUAUCAGACAGUUGGUUGAAGAACUGAAGUUUCUGUGUCCUGGCCCAAAUACAAAGAAUCGGGUGGAGGAGUUAUGGCUCGAAACGUUUGCUGAUCGUGAUAGAUUUCGCCAGGAUGAAGAAUUUCACAUCUUCAUGCAAGAUUUUCCAGUAGCUGCGGGCUUCGAUGGACAUUGGUAG